AUGGUCGUUGACAGACUGCGCAAAAAGGCGGAGUACGUGGAGAAGUUGGAAAUCAUCUUCAGGGCCAUUGACGAUUCCGGUGAUGGUAUAAUCACGGAGGCGAGGAUGAACGAGAUUCUCUCCAAUCAAAAGAUCGCGGCGUACUUCCAGACGCUGGAUUUGGACGUUCACGAAGGAGCAGCUCUGUUCCACUUGCUAGACAACGGUGAUGGUGAG